AUGAAGGCCCGGAAAGGUUGUUGGACGUGUCAUGCUCGUAAGGUUCAAUGCGAUGGGGCUCGGCCGGUCUGUGAGAAGUGUGUUCGAGGUCGACGGGAAUGCCAAGGCUACAAGACGCGCCUAUCGUGGCCGAGAGAAGGUGAUAAGAAGCGUGCUAUUACCGGGUACGCACCGCCAGUGGCAGUAUAUCCAACUCCGGAAGCUAAGCACUUCUUCAUCAAUACCACCUGGCAAGACAUCAAAUUGCAUCGUCAUGUAUACCUGCAGAAGCAAUCCCUUCAUCUAAUUCGCCCUACAAGUCCAUGGUGUCAGACCACAGUAGCAGUGAACCAUUUAGAUCUGGUUCAUUACUUUCUCGAUUCCGCUUACCUUUCCUUGGUCACGUUUGGCGCGAACACCACUACUCAAGUUCGAGACACCCUGAUGCGCAUGGCGCUGGCACGGGACACAACACCGGGACUGGCUCUGUUCUAUGCGUUGCUUGCUUUCUCCUCGCUCCGUCGCAACGGAAUCCAUCAGCAAGCUAUACAAUUCAAGGUACUAGCGCUGCAGUUUUUGUCUGCUUCUGCCAGAGGAGGUGGGCCACUAGAUUCGACAGCGGCUAUUCAACACGUGGCUGCGUCCAUGCUUCUCAGCGCUUUUGAGAUCCUGCUGCCAUCAGAAAGUUCAGGCGAGUGGCUGUGGUACUUGUUGGGGGCCAUGGAAAUCAUCCAAGCAACCCGCUUGGAAGAUCAAUUGCAGGAUGGAGACAUCGCUUAUCUUCUUGAAUGGGUCUACUAUCACAAUGCACUCUCCAGGUUUUCUAUGCAUCACUGGCGCCAUAAGUCGUUGAGUCCGGAUCGUGACUCUCCAAACGACUCCACCACUCGAGGCCGGCAGUAUUCGUAUAUCACAAAGCACAGACAACUAUGGCCUUCCCCAAAUCCUGCAUACGCUAUACUGAACUUGCUUUCCGAGAUAUGCGACACAUUGCUUGAUCCACGAGACCCAAGAACUCAAACUGAGGCAUACAAGAGUCGCGUCAAAGCCCUCGAGCAGAGAGUUGAAAGUCCCAUUAUUAUUCCAGAUUCAACCACGCCAGAAGAUGAUUCCAUAGCUGCGGCGAAAAGAUACCACCUGGCGACGCAGAUCUAUUUUGCGCGGGCUUCACAAGACCCGUGGGAGCCACCUUCUGCAAGAUUAGAUUCAUUGGUAGAUAGGGCAUUCAUCCCACAUGUUGGUUCGACUUCCUGCGUCCAUUUCUUUCCCCUGUUUAUCCUAGCCUGUGAGGCACGGACGGACGAGCGAAGAGCAAUCGUCCUCGAAAUACUCGACCAAAGUGAGAGCAGAACCCGUAUUAGAAGCAUGAAGGGGCUGAAAUCUGUGAUACUGUCCAUCUGGGUGCAGCAGGACCUCCACGCAGACAAUGAUUUGCUGACAAGCUAUUACGGCAUUAUGAGCACCGUGAUCAGCUCGGGUAACGCCCUUCCUUCAUUUGUAUAG